UGCAGAUUCAAAUUCUCCCAGAAAAAAAAAUCUCAAAAAGUUGAUGUUUUUCUGAAUAAAUCAGCAAAAUUUAAGGAUGGAAAGUGGGUUUACUGCAGAAGAUCUAUCCAAGAUCGGAGGUAUUGCUACCGUAUCACUGCUUCAUUCCUUCAUCCCAACUCAUUGGUUGCCAUUUUCCAUUGUGGGUCGUGCUCAAAAAUGGACUCUUUCAAGAACCCUUUUCGUCACUGCAUUUGGAGCAGUAUUGCACGUGUUAUCCACCUCACUUCUUGGCAUAACGGCAAUAACAAUAUCAAACACAAUUGCUGGGGAGGAAACAGUGCACAAACUGGCUUCCUUAUUGCUUGUAGUUCUUGGUGGUAGUUAUGUCAUCUUGCAUCUCUUUGGAAAGGGUGGUCAUAGCCAUUCACACAAUCAACCAAUGGAGAAGAUGGCUGUGGCAGGUCUUAUACUUGUUCCUGCAUUGUCUCCUUGUGCAACCACUCUGCCUGUAUUUCUUGCUGUUGGAAAUUCGUCCUCCAUGAUGGUGCUUGCCAUCAUAGUUUUACUUUUCAGCACUAUUACUGUAAUGACCUCAUUGGUGGCUCUAUCAUUUUAUGGUGCAAGUCAACUCAAGUUCCAAUGGGUGGAACGCUACGAUAAGCUCCUUGUUGGUUCUGUGCUGUGUUUGGUGGGCAUUUUGACCCUUAUUUUUCACGAUCACGAUGAAGUAGGUUCCUCAGGAGUCCAUGUGCACAGAAAACUUAGUUUGCUGUAGGAGUUAUUCUUCAGCCAGUGAAUCUGUUAUGUGAGGAAAUACACGAACUUCCCCGUUUUUGUUAUUAUGCAAUAGUGAGUGUUCAAAUAUGUUAUCAUUUCCCCCAUAUUCCAGACGCAGGGGUCGACUUUUCUGUAUGAGGAUUCACCAUUUUCCAGUUGAGUAGUCUCGUCUUGCAACCAGCUCAUGAUGCUCUGGCAUGGUAAAGCCAGCAUGAGACUUUGGACAGUUGAUUUUAAUUUAGAGUUAUGUUAAAAUUUAUUUCAAGAUAGCAGUUUGAAGAGAAUUUGUAUUUUAAAGGAUUAUCCUUUGAACCCUUUUCACUGUAAAUGUCAAGUGUACAAUACUCGUCGAGGGAAUAAACCGUUCUCUUCUUUA